GCCCUUCAAGUUCUCGGUUUUGGAGAUCUGCGAACGGAUCAAGGAGGAGUUCCAGUUCCUGCAGGCGCAGUACCACAGCCUGAAGCUGGAGUGCGAGAAGCUGCUGAGCGAGAAGACCGAGAUGCAGCGGCAUUAUGUCAUGUACUAUGAGAUGUCCUACGGGCUGAACAUCGAGAUGCACAAACAGGCAGAGAUUGUCAAGAGGCUGAGUGCCAUCUGUGCCCAGAUUGUGCCUUUCCUGACGCAGGAGCACCAGCAGCAGGUCCUGCAGGCGGUGGAGCGGGCCAAGCAGGUCACCAUGGGAGAGCUCAACAGCAUCGUUGGGCAGCAGCAGCUGCAGCAUCUCUCCCAUCAGCCCCCCCAGCUGCCACUGACCCCCCACCCCUCUGGUGUGCACAGCCUGCCCGGGGGGGCCGCGGGGCUGCUGGCCCUGUCGGGGGCACUGAUGGCACAGUCACAGCUGGCAGCCAAGGAGGAGAAAGCAGCGCAGGAGAGCAGAGAGCGCAGCCCCAGCAGGAGCGUGUCGGCGUCUCCAGAGAGCCCUCCUGAUGAGGAGAUGGGGCUGAAGCGGAGCCAGGAGGAGAAGGAGCUGCCUGGGCAUUCUGACAGCGACGGGGACAAGAGUGACUACAACCUGGUGGUGGAUGAGGACCCCCCCUCGGAGCCCGGCAGCCCUGGCAGCCGUCCCCCCCAGCCCAGGAUGUCCCUGAGAGCCCAGCCUCCAGCCGGAGCACCACGCCGUGCCGAAGGAAGGAGCCGGGGGUGGUAAGGGCCGUGGGGCAGGAGAUGGGGCUGCACUGUGGUGUUCCACCUGGAGAGUUCCCCAGAACUGUGGUCAGAGGUCUGUGCUGGUGAGGAAUUGGAUCCUGUGCCAGGCAGGGCCGUGGCUCUGCAGGUAGGUUCCAUCUGGCUGCCUGGAUUCCCCAGAGCUGCUCUGAGCGAUCGAUUUUCUUUCUUUUUUUUUUUUUCUUUCUUCCUUUUUUCUUUUCC